GUAGUUGUGUCGUGAUGAUACGAGUCGAUCGAGUGUGUCGUUUUGUCCGAUCGAUCGAAGAGUUCAACAAGACGAUGAUUGCUUUUUGUUUUCAGAAUCAGGUCGCGAACGAAACAUGGUGAAGAAGAAGAAGAGGAAGGUUGUUCUGUACGUCGUACGGUUCUUUCGUACUAAUGAUCCAUCGUAGCUUGGCCGCGGCUAGCCUCGCAUCGAAGCAACACAGAUCGAAACAUAGAUCUACGGGUACGAACUGUUGUAGGAAGCGUCGUACCACCAUCAUGUCCGUGGAGAUUCUGUGGACUUCAUGCAGGUUUCGCAGAAGCAAUGGAAAAGCAGAUCGCCAGCCAAAAGCCAAGUUGAAACGGCCAAGUAAACGGCUACAAGGCUAGCUUUUGCGAGGUUGUGACUUUCGUCUGGGCGUUUGUAAAUCAACUUGUGAAAACAGAGUGACUACUCAGGAGGCGAACCAGGUUGUUGACUCCCAAGGACGUUGCUGUGUUCUUCAGAGCCAACGUUCACGGAACAAGCCGAAGUGCAGCAAAGUGCGAACGAACUGCUGGACUUUGUUUCCGUUCGUCGGCUGGAAUCGGCCUUCAAGGGGAAAUUCCGUCCAUCACCUCGUGUAGGGCAGAGUGAAAGGACUCGGCCGCUCCGGCGUGGCAUGAUUUGAAAGCUGUUGCCCCCGGAUCUCGGGGUUGUGUGGGCGAAAGUGAAGACUGAGUGAACACUGGUGGAUUCGGAAACGAGUAGUUACAUCUCGGACACUUUCUCACGAGCAAGCCUCAUGCCUAACUAUGGAGAGUCCAGCAAGUUUCCGCGAGUAUUUGGAUAUGAUCAAGAAUGGCAUGAGGCUGGCUUGGGGAAAGCGCCCACAGAAGCAUAGUGCUAGUGCCCAUCCUCUGGAUCGUGACCAUGAUAUAGAAGGAGUGGAUGCAGCCAAUGCCAAGCAGGAGCUGAGUAUUGGGCAGAGCGAUCUGUUCGGAGCAGCAUACCUGAAUGAUAUCCACCUGCUGGAUAGGUUUGUCGCCACCCUCAAUGGUGACAUGCGUGCCCUGGAGCAGGUAGCAGAGGUUGGCAACACUGCACUCCAUCUGGCCCUGCAGCGUGACAACGAGGAUGUUGCGCUGCGGCUGAUGGAGCUGCACCCGCCCCUCAUCAAUAUCACCUACGAGGGAAUGCUUUACAGUGGCCAGCACUGUUUGCACAUUGCCAUCAUCAACCAGAACCUGCGCAUGGUCCAGGAGUUGGUUGAGCGCGGUGCUGACAUCAAUGCACCGCGAGCAGUCGGCACGUUCUUCCACCCGUCGGCUGGCAAGAACUCGUUCUACUAUGGCGAGCAUCCGGUGGCGUUUGCUGCCUGCACCGGCCAGGCGGACAUUCUCCAGUACCUCGUCGACAACGGCGCAGAUCUCUACGUCCAGGACAGUCAUAAAAGCUCCAUUCUACAUCUACUUGUCAAGCUGAACAAGCCUGAAAUCAGUGACAGGAUGUAUGACUUGGUGGAGACUCUCGCUGAUCAGCAGGCAUUCCUGCACCGUGGCUCCUUUCUUGAGGACGUUCUCAACUGCAAUGGCUUCACACCUCUGAAGCUGGCUGCCUAUGGUGGCUAUGUUGAGAUCUUCCAGCACCUUGUCAACAAGAAGAAAACGAAUAACUGGACAUAUGGCCCGGUGACAUCAGCUGUAUAUAACCUGUCUCAACUGGACUCGUUUGGCGAGAAGCAGAGUGUGAUCGAUCUCAUUGUCUGUAGCCAAUCGCACAGGGCGUAUGAGCUGCUCCGGGUGCCGCCGUUUCCACAGCUGCUCCGCCAGAAAUGGGCGCAGUUCGGCUUCUUCUACUUCGGCUUGUGGGCACUGAUUUAUAUAAUGUACAUGAGCAUAGUCACGUUGGUGCUGGACUACCGGCCAGUCAAGUACUCUCCUUGCACGCCGGCCUCUGUUGUUUUCUCCCCGCCACCGGCCGGUCCGAAUGGCACGGGGGCCUGCUUUCCACGCGUGAAGAGACCGAUAAAUGAAGCAUAUUCUUCAAGCUCUGAUUAUGUACGAUUAGCCGGUGAGGUGAUCGCCGUUGGUGGCGCACUCUUGUCCAUAUCUUUGGAGGCUCCAGAUCUCUUUGCACGGGGCUUCAGGAACUAUUUUUCUAGCAUCGGCUCCGGCAUAUUUCAUGCUAUAAGCUGGUGCUAUGCAGCACUUGUGUUUACAGCCUGUGCCCUGCGUCUAACCGGCAGCGAUCGGGAAGAGAUACCGCAGUCACUGGCACUGGUGCUCGGAUGGACGUACGUGCUCUACUUUGCACGCGGCUUCCAGCGUUUAGGACCGUACAUCGUCAUGAUUCAGAAGAUGCUGACUGGCGACGUAUUUCGCUUUCUCCUGCUGUACAUUGUCCUAGAUUUGGGAUUCAGCAAGGGACUACACAACCUUGUUGCCGACACCUCUCCGCAGCCGCCAUUCAACUUCAGAACGACGGGCCGGUCACAUUUCUUCCUCUUCCGCCUGGCACUGGGCAUCGCCGACUUCAAUCAGCAGGACUCUCAGGUGCGCAACGAAGCGCUGGUCAGCAUCAUGGUGGUGUUCUACCUGCUGCUCAUGCUCAUCACGCUCGUCAAUCUGCUCAUUGCUUCCAUGGCAGCCACGCACGAGGCGAUUCGAGAUGAGCGCGUGGGUGUCUGGCAGCGACAGCUUGCCUCCAUCAUCUUGCUAAUUGAGCGACGCUUGCCAAAGCAGCUGACGGUUAGAUCUGGCUUUCCUGGAAGUGCUAUCGGCUUGGUGACGCCGAAUUGGUAUAUCCGUGUACAGGAGAUUGGCGAGCUGAAGAAGAUCACGCAUACAAGCAAGGCGGCCAAGAGCCUGCACUCCAUCCGGGCCAAGGUCUCCAGGAUGCGUACACGCGCGGGUAUGAACAGAGAUAUGAAGCAUAGGAAUGCCAGCCGCGCGCUAUCAGCACGCUCCGUCAUUUCAAACUGCCGCUCAGCCCUGGAUGCUAACAGUACGAGCAGUACACGAACUGCGUUGGCAGCUGACCUCAACCUAGAAUUCCCCUAUUUACUAAACCCUACUCACACACCUCCCCUGGCUAUGGAACCAGGGAGUGGAGCAGGUAGCUUUGCAAAUGAAGCUCUUUUGCCAAGUGACAACGACGAUGAGCAAGAUGAUGAGCUUGUUGACGUGCACAUCCAAGUUCCUGACGGCCGCAGAAAGAUGUGCGUUCGCGAUUCAAAAAUCUCCAUUGGCAUUGGUCGCAAGUUCCGUGAGGUGCUCACUCGCAAGACAUCAGCAGUCACCCACACUCAGAGUACCAAUGAUCUUCCAAUGUCAGCACACAAUGUCACCGGCAUACCGAGCAUAUCUCGCAUGUCCACGGUGAGUGAUGUCGAUGUAACUCAGGUGCAACACUACAGCUUGCCGGACGAUUUCUGCGUGGCCAACGACUUGAGCGAGCCACGCUCGCAGCAGUCGCUGCUUCGAGAUGACUUGCUACAGCACGGCGUCUGCACGUCACCUAGCUCCGGUAGUCCACCUCUGUCGCCCAGUUAGUAGGUUGUACGGAAGCAGUGAGCCACGGACUUGUUCCCACCGACAGUGCUUGUGUGCGCAGGCAAGUGCUUCCAUCGGAAGGCGCUGGCAGAAGUUGCUUACUUUCACUCGGCGACAAAGGUCGAGUUGAAAUCCAUGUACGACUCUCAGCAUGAUCGUCGUCUGCACAUCUGCGGUAAGUCAAGUCGACUGCAUCUAGGAUGCCGUCGCUGGGGAAGGCUAGCGCCAUGCCAGUGACUGCCCCCUUCCGGAGGUAGUUCUCCCUCACCUCUUUAUUCUUCUCUUGUGCCAGGAAAUUCUAGAACCGGGCCGCCCAUAUGAUUUUAUCACUCGCACUGGACUUGGUCUAAUGGUUUAGAGUUCAUAAUGGUGUGGGUUGGUGAACAGGUUUAGAAAUAGUUUACUGUUUUUGGCUCCAAUGUUUAUCUUUUAUUUUUUACUACCUCGAUCUCGCUGUGACAAUAGACUUAGCGCAUGCAGUUUUAUCUUGUAGCCUGGUCUCCUACUUAUGGGCUUCCACAAACUUUCUAAAGCGUUUGUAGUUGUACUGUUAUUUUUUCUGGGUGACCUUCAGCUCAAUGCUGCAGUGCUUGGAAUUUUUAAUGCCUGUACAAUUUUGUAAUUCAACUUUGUUUGACUUGCAUCUCAUCGUUAUGGUAGGCAGCAUUUUGUGUCAUUUCUUCAAGACAUGAGUUGUUCUGGACCAAGGUAGCGUGCGACACUAAGCUUACAGAGAGCGUGCGAUGGCAGGUGUGUGUGUGUGCGUGUGUGUGUGUGUGUGUGUGUGUGUGUGUGUGUGUGACGACAGAAUACCGAAGUGCGUAUUGUUUGGUGAGCUCCAAAAGACGCGCCCUCGCCACGAAGCGCUGGCGUGACAACAUCGUAACUGAUCUAGAGGAACGGCACAGCAAUGACUGGUACAGCGUAGCCGAGGACCGUCGUGAGUGGAGACUGGCCUGCAACACCAUCCAGCCGCCUACAAGUAGACGUGUGUCUCGGGACUUCAGGUGCCACUGCGGCCGAGAUUUUCGUCGUCGCCUGGACCUCACUCGCCACUCAAAGUUCUGUUCUCCGUGACUGAAACACUGUCGUUCCUUUCAG